AGUGGAUAUCCCGGGGUGUUCCUGCGGCCUGUACACCGGGGUUUCGGGUUAGCAGAGCUCGUUCUAGUGGGCUGAGUGAUGCAGCAGGGAAACUGGAGUCAGAAUGCUAAUGCUAACUUUUUAUAAUAAAACUCAGGAUAAGGGAUUGUCUGUAUAUAAUAUUUAUAUACGAUGUAUUUGCAUAUUUUACCUCAAUGCAUCACAAUAAAAGUGGAAUCAUUUUAACUGUCAUCAUAAAAAUAUGAUUUAAAAAAUCGUUUUUAAUUGAGACAAUUUGUAUGACAUGAUAUUACACAUGUUAGGGACAGAAAUCACUUGUCACCUCCUGAUUUGACACUAUAACGAUAUCUCUGUGCCAAUUUAAUUAAAAUUGUGAUCACAAUUUUAUAAAUAUCGUGAUAUCAUAUUUUCCACAAUUUUUACAUUUUUAACCUUUUUUGAAAAGUUGAACGAUUAAUUAAAUGUAGCUCGUUCCUUAAAUAAUUGGUUUUCUCACUUAAAAAACAAGCGCAGCAUUUAAACAAUACAAACUAACUUUAUAGCAUUUAACGAAGCAGCAUGUGACAUCCACCAUAAUUAUUAUUCUUUCUAAACAAACUUACCAAGUAAUUCAGAUCGACCACACGAGAUAACAGUGUGUAAUUAGCUCGGUGUGUCACCUGUAGGAUUAUAAAGAAACAAUGACAUUUUACCACCUUAGAUGCUGGUGUAAGUGUGUGAAAAAAGUGGGUUUGAGAUUCCUCACAGACUUUGGAGAAAAAGGCAGAUUCGGAAGCUUCUGCUCCUGGAAUAGAUUCAUUUAUAUCUGAGGCUGAUCUGCUGAUCACCGUUAACGGCCAGUCAAGCUAAAUACUGGACACUUAUGGUCACUGGCCGAUUGUCUGGUUCAUCUCUAUUAUAAAUGUAAAAAUAUUGUUCUUAAAAAAUCUAUUUUGGAGUCGUUGUGGAGAUACGUGAAUCACCACACCAAAGAAUAACGAUUCAUAACUGAUUCUAUUUUCCCCCAUGUCCUUAUUUAUUCAUUUAUUUGUUUAAAAUGAAAAUGUUUCACAAAGUCACAUGACGAGCACUCAUUGUAAUAUUGCAGGAAGAAACAAAAACAAGCCUGCCAAAGUUGAAAAGAUUGAUGUAAACAAAAGAAUUUUAUAAAGAAGAGACACAAAGUGGAACUGAAUGUUUUUUAAUUAGAGUUCACAUAGAGCAAAAGUUGAAAAUGCCCAUGAAUUAAUCAUAAGCAAUACUUCUAGUACUUAAAAAAAAAAAACAUGUAUAAUUAUUUCAUAUUACAGUGCCAAAAGGGUCACUGACUUGGAUUUUAUCAAUCAGACGUCUGUAAACCUUUUCUUUACAGGUCUUGGACACCAAAGAGGAGCUUGAAACCAGACAGGAUUCAUCAUGGCGCCUCUCGUGAGAACACGACAAACCAAGAAUACGAUCAACGGGAUCUCGACUCAAGUCAUUUGCACGGAAUUCAGUAACUACAUCUUCAUCGUGUUGACGCAGUAUGGGAAGAUCGGGACGCUGGUGUCUGUAACACCUGACUCGAGAUCCAGCGACGUCAGCUUGAGCACGCUGACUACGAAAGUGCUGCUCGGAAAAGAUGAGGCUCUUACGCAUGUCUAUGCAAAAAACGUUGCAGCAUUUGUUUGCCAAGAAGCAGGAAAUCGACCCGUGCUUUUGGGGCUCGCGCUUAAAGACUGCAGUGCUGACAAUCUGAAAACACUGAAAGAAAUGAUCAAAAGUUGCCAAGUGUGGUGAGCACGGAAAGAGAACCCGGUCCUAAACGCUUCUGAAAGAUGUUCUGAGAAAAAGUUUUAUUACUUUCUUAAAGUGUGUAUGUAUAGAUUUCUGACAUCUGUGUAAAAUCUAAUCGGUUUAUUGUUACUUGAAUAAACUUUUGUUUUUUUUUAUUACCUAAUAAAGAAAGAGUUUCGUCUUAAGUUUUUUAUAUAUCAAGAGGAUGUACUAUAAGUAAAUUACUUCAUGUAAGUCACUAACAAAUGUCUCAGUUACUGUAGAAACCGAGCUAAACCGGAUAGAUUUAGCGGGUGGUGCUUUUUUUUUCUUCUAUUAAGCCAGUCUUUUGUUCGCUGCUGGAUAAAUCACAGGUUCCCAGCCCCGGUCCUGGAGUAAUCCCUGUAUUACAGGUUUUAGUGCUUUCCUUGCUCUAACACACCCACUUCAACUCAGGAUGGGGUGCACAUUAAAUGACUGGUUGAAUUAGGUGCAGGGAAAUCAAUAAAAAGUACCCUAAUACACCCA